AUGGUCUUUGGACUCUUCAACACGGCCGACGCCUCAAAGCCUGAGGACGACGACAAGGUCACCUCCGCUACCGAGGGAGAGCCCGCGGCUGACGGCCCCGCCCCUUCUCUGCCUGAGAAGUCGGCCGAGAGGCCCAAGGAUGUAGCCAAGGACGCCGCCGUUGGUCAGGAAGACGGCUCGACCUCAGAAACCGUUCAAAAGGAUGCCACUAAAGAGACGGCGGCAGAGGAUGCCUCAGACGGCCCCAAGGCAGCGGCAACGGAGACGGCCGCCGCCACCAACGAAAAGGGCGUCGACGUAGACGAAGUCUCCCCGCAGGCUCCGUCGCCGGAGACGAAGGGCGCAAGACCCCCCCGUGCCCGCCCCAAGCUACGACACCCUGCGCGAGAUGGCCGCCCUCGACGGCGCCCGCUCCGCCACCCCGGUGCUCGCCAAGAACCCGUUGGAAAAACCACCUACACCAUUGUGCCCGAGCAGCUCGCGGAAAAGGCCCCCUCCACACCGGAUGCUACCCCCAAGACACACAUUACCCUCCCCGGCCGGAGGACGUCGCGCGAGUCACUGGUUAAGAAGCUCGAGAAGAUUGAGAUUAAGAAGCUGGGCCAGCUGUGGUGGAUCGAAGCGGCCUGGUGGGGCGUGGCGCUUCUAUCCUUUAUCAUCAUCGCCGCCGUCCUAUCCGCCUACGACAACCAUCCGCUUGCCACCCUCCCUCUCAAUCUUAACGCCUUCCUCGCCUUCUUCACCACCGUGGCCACCAUUUCCUUCCUCACGCCCGUGUCGCAGUCUCUCUCGCAGUGGAACCGCUCCCUCCCCGGCUGCGUGAUGCUUCUGGCUAAGCUUAAGCACACGCACAUUGCUAGCGCCGGCGCUUUUAUGGGUCUCCUGGCCCUCUUCACCGCCACUGUCACCCAGGCCGCCGUCGGGUACCAGCACGGACACGCGCCUCUACCGGGCGAGGGCGCCGCCGUGGUCCGGGCCGCGAGAAUCCUCGGAUCCGAGCAGGAGGGCGGCUUCGCGGACGGCAUCGUCGGCGCGCUGGGCCUCGACGUCUUGCCCUUCCGACUUCCCGUGACCUGCGCCACCGCCGAGUGCGAGUUCCCGGCGCUGGAGAGCUUGGCUGUGUGCGCCAAGGUCAGGGACGUCACCUCGCUGCUCACCGAGCCCGGCGCAGCCAGGGCCAACAGCACGACGGGGACCUCGAGAUCGGGAAAGAGGGCGGCGUACUCGGCCGCACUCCCGAGCGAGGCCAAGUGCUCCCUCGAGUCGGAUAGCGAGUUCAAUGUCUUGGCCUGCAAGACGGACGGAUCUACAACACUCUCGUUUGGUGAAGAUGACGACGACGACGACGACGACGACGACGAGAACCUGCGAAAGACGGUGAUUUAUUCCAUGCCCAUCAUCUACUCCAACCCCAACUCGACGGAAUCCCCCAUCGGAGCCAAGUUUGAGGCUGUCGAAAUCGUCUUCCACCUCUGCCUCAACACGUACGAGACCAAGGUGACAGACGGCGUCGCCGAGUUUAGCGUUACCGGGUCCUCGUACGCUGUCGGCUCCGAGUCCGCCGACCGGGAAGUCGACGUAUCCUGCGCCGUCCUCCGUAGCACGGACACCAACUCCACGACUGCGGCACCCACCAACUGCACCGUCUCCCGGGGUGGCGUUCCCUCGGACGCUUUCCUGGAGCUGGACGGAGAGGACGGCAUCUACAAGGCCCACUUUGCUACGCUCGAGGAUAUGGCACUGACCAUGAACGAGGCACUGAGCGGGCUCUACGAGCGGGAACCGUCGCAGCGGGUUGUUGGGCGGCAUAUAGAGCAUAUUGCCGAGUCGGUCGUGUUUAACGGCGACCAGGAUAAGCAGCGGGACAGGAUCUCUCGCAUGGCUGACAAUAUUGCCGUCAGUCUUACCAAUACAAUCGGUGCCAAGCAGCUCUCAGCCCAAACUCCGGGAGCCAACCCCGUGUCAGGCACCGCCUUUCUCCCGGAAACCCGCAUCUCGAUCCGCUGGGGCGCCCUGACGCUCCUCAUCCUGCAGCUCAUCGGCGCGCUCGUUUUCCUCGUGUACACGGCCAUCGCCACGCAGCAGGCGGGGUGCCAGGUCCUCAAGAGCUCCGCGCUCGCGACCCUCUUCGCGCUCGAGGAGGACUGCCGCGGCGUCGCGGGGGCCUCGAGACAACCGAGGGUAUGCGGCGCAAGGCGAGGGUCAUGCUCGUUCGCCUCCGUGACGAGGCUAUUGUCCUGGCCGGCGAGGAGAGCGGGCGGGUCGUGGAUCUGGGCGUGCGAGGGAGCGUAG